AUGUCGGCUCUAGUAGAGCUCGGCUACGAUGGUGGAGGAGCUGCUGGGGAUAUGGACCGGCUUGAUGAUGAUAUCCUAGAGGGCACUGCUGGCCAAGAAGAGCACGAUGGAGCUGCUUCCGCUGCAGCCGUGGCUGAGGAGGUCGAUGAAGAUGUGGCCGGUAAUGUGGCGCUCUCGUCGGACGCUCCCAAGAAGGAGAAGCGCAAGACUCCCUAUAAGUCCUUCAUAAAUCGCAAGAAGCAACGUACCGCGGAGUGA